AUGUAUGUUUAUACAUUUGAUAAUGAUAAUCAUCAAAACCAAUGUGAUGAUAUGUGUUUAUUAAAUAUCAAUGAAAUUGAUAUGUCAAAGUUUAUAAGUGGUACAAAUGAAGAGAGAAAAGAAAUUGCAUUAUUAUUUGAUAAAACUUUUCAUGAAUAUGGUAUUAUUCGAUUAAUCAAUACUAAUAUUACAUCAGAAUUAAUAGAUAAAUCAAAAGAAUUUUUUUCAUUAAAUUUGGAAACAAAACUGAAAUAUUAA